UUAUAAUAUGAAAAACGAUUUUUAGAAUAUUGUUAGUAUGCAAAUUAGGCAAAUUAUUUCUUGGAACACAAAACCUUCAAAUUUAAUAUAUUCACAUUAGAUACUGCGACAUAGAUAAAAUAAAAGUUUUAUUUUAUUCCAACGAUAGUUUUAAAAAAUGACUUUACAUGAAAACAUAGUGUUUAUACCAAAAGAAAACAUCAAUAAUGAUAAUAAUAGGAAAAAAAAAUCAUCGAGUUCACUACUGAUUCUAUACCUAAGUGCAUUUACAGCCGAUUUACUGAUAAUUCCGAUCGGAUCUUUUAUGGUUUGGCCGUCAACGGUAAUCCCGAAGCUUAUGUCGAAUAAUACGAAUAUUAAUCCACUUGGAAGACCAAUUACUAGCUUAGAAACAUCUAUAAUUGUAUCUUUACCUUAUUUUUCAACAAUUCUUGGAUUGGUAAUAGCAUCGAAACCAUCAGAUAUUAUUGGACGAAGAAAAACGUUGCUUUAUUUUGCGAUUAUUAUGUGGAUUAGUAUCAUCGCAAUUGCUUUUUCUAACAAUAUGUAUAUGUAUUACGUUAGUUUUUUUGUAUACGGUAUAACAAACGCUUGUUUAGGUUUAUUAGUUGUUAUUUAUAAUGUAGAAAUAGCUGGAGAUAAACAUAGAGCUUUAUUGAGCUCUAUUAGUACUCUAGGAUUACCGAUUGGACAACUUUUUGGUUUUGUUUUUGGAGCAAUGAUAGAUAGCAUCAAAAUAUUUACUGUUAUCAUCUCCGUACCUAUAUUAAUACAUUUUUUAUUAUAUAGUUUUAUGGUAGAAUCCCCCGUUUAUUUAAUACAUAAAAACAAAAAAAAUCUCGCUAUAAAUGUUUUAAAAAAAUUGAGAAGUUAUUAUGAUGUAGUAGAUAUCGAAAACGAAUAUGAAGUUAUUAAUGAAUCUGUUGAAACUAAUAAAGAAAGAAGUAUUAAAUUAAUCGAUUGCUUCAAAAGCUUCACAACAAAGAAAGCUCUUCUUCUGAGUUUUCUGAUGAUUUGUACACGAGAAAUGACAGGUAAUAAAGUAGUAUUAGCUUACACCGGUUUGAUAUUCAACGAAGCUGGUACAAUAUUUUCUGGAAACGAGGUUGGAAUUAUAAUUGGUUUCGUAAAUGUGGCAGUUAUAUUUUUAUUAAUUCUUCUAAUCAACAGAUUCGGUAGAAGAACUUUUCUAUUAACAUCUAGUUUAUUUUGUUCGAUUUCUACAAUGGGUAUUGGUUUCUACUUUUUUCUUAAAGAAAUAAACUCGCCUUUGGUUUAUUCCAUUCGUUGGUUACCAAUUAUUUCCGUUAUUAUUUUCAUUGUAUGUUACGCUAUCGGUUUAGGGGGUGUUCUUCCAGGGUACCUAGCAGAAUUAUUUUCCAACGAAUCAAGAAUAACAGCAAGUUCUGCAGCUUUAAUACUUGGAGCUCUGUUUUCGUCUAGCUUGGAUUUUGGAUUUCCAUUAAUAACAGAAUCUUUUGGAGUAUCCUUUAGCUUUCUUGUUUAUAGCGUUUCGACAUUUAUUGGUUUUGUUUUACUGUAUUUCUGUUUACCAGAAACGAGAGGUAAAACAUUGAAAGAAAUACAAGUCAUACUUCAGGGAAGUUAUUUUCAUUUUUCUUAAUUUUUAAGUAAUUAUUUUUAUGUCACAGUAUCAUUUAAUAAAUCACUGAACACCAUGUAUAGUUUUUAUAAAAGAUGAAUAAAUUAUAAAAACAAAAAAACAUUAAAUUUAUAUAAUAAUAA